GAACAACAAAUGCCUUAAAUAAUAAAAAACCAAAAAACACAAAAAACGCAAUCAAAUCUGCAGCAGCAAGUUAUUAUAAAGCAUAUUAAAAUACUUAUGGAAAAGUUUUGAAAAAUAUAUUAAAAAAAAUAAACUUGCUCAACAAAAAAGUUUGGCACUAAAAAGCAAUAGCAGUCAAGUGUAGCCAAAGGUGAAGCUCCAGUAACAACAACAACAACACCAACAACACCAACAACAGGAGUAACAAGAACAAGAACAACAACAACAACAACUCGAGCAACAGAAAGAGAAAGGACAACAUGGGAAAAAAGAGCUCGAAGUUGAAACAGGAUACCAUCGAUCGUUUGACAACUGACACAUAUUUUACAGAAAAAGAAAUACGUCAAUGGCACAAAGGAUUUCUAAAAGACUGUCCGAAUGGUUUACUCACAGAGCAAGGUUUUAUCAAAAUCUACAAACAAUUCUUUCCACAAGGCGAUCCUAGUAAAUUUGCAUCGCUUGUGUUUCGUGUCUUCGAUGAGAACAAUGAUGGGUCAAUCGAGUUCGAAGAGUUCAUACGCGCCUUAUCCGUCACAUCGAAGGGCAACCUGGACGAGAAACUGCAAUGGGCCUUCCGUCUUUACGAUGUCGACAAUGAUGGUUACAUAACGCGCGAAGAGAUGUACAAUAUUGUGGAUGCAAUCUAUCAGAUGGUGGGACAACAACCGCAGUCGGAGGAUGAGAAUACGCCGCAGAAGCGUGUGGAUAAGAUAUUCGAUCAAAUGGAUAAGAAUCAUGAUGGCAAAUUAACAUUAGAAGAAUUUCGUGAGGGUAGUAAAGCUGAUCCACGUAUAGUUCAGGCGUUAAGUUUAGGUGGUGGUUAAACAAAUCUAUAGAUACGCGCAACAACUAUUUAUUGUAACAACAACAACAGCGACAACAACAACAACAACAACCAUACAAACCAAAAACAGAACGUUAAUAAAACACAGCAAAACUAUAAAACGCUACAAAAGAGAAAAAAAAAACAAACCAUAGAUAAAAUGCUUUUGGUUUUUGGCUAACAUUUUACACUCUCCUACACAGAAGAUUAAAAGAGAAAAAAAAAAAAAAACCGUUAAAGCAAUCAGAAAUCAGAAUCGCCAAUAACAAAAAAGUUUCAAUAUUAAACAA